GACGCGGAAGUUAAUCUCCUCUCCUUUCCUUUCGCGUAGGCUAAGCCGGCGUAGUCACACCGGUCAUUAAUUUAAGCCCACUAUAUCCAGGUACGACGUUGAGCUACCGAUCCGUGCCACGCGUGUAGAAUAUCUGCCUGCCGAUCGUGCUCCGAUUUCGGUUCCUGAACCGGGAGACGACGCGUCCUGACGUUGCUGGCGGUCGGGACUGAUAGUCUAGGACCAGGCUUGCUUUGUCUAUAUCGCGCGCGCCGAGACGGUGUGACGGUGUACAGGGAACGCGCUUGAGAAAUCACGAUGGCGGCAGCGGUGGAUUUUCAGAGUCAGGACGGUAUGCAGGAUCAAUCGGGGCACCAGCAGAACGAUUCUCAUCAGCAGAAUCAGGAUUCGGGUAUGCACCACCAGCAGCAACACUCGUCCUCGCAGUCGGCCUCGCAGCAACAGGCUACCGCCGGCAUCCCCGGUAAGGACGACGAGCGUAAGCUCUUUAUCGGCGGACUGUCCCGCAACACGACCGAUAAGGAGCUGCGGGAUCACUUCGGCAAGUUCGGCGAGAUCGAGAGCAUCUCGGUGAAGGUCGAUCCCCACACCGGUAUCUCGCGCGGUUUCGCGUUCAUGGUGUUCACCAAUCCGAAGACCAUCGACAAGCUACUCGCAUCUGGCGAGCACUACAUCAAUAAGCGCAAGGUGGAUCCGAAACGGGUUAGCAAAAAGCCUCAGCACGGUAAAAUCUUCGUGGGUGGUCUCACUCCUGAGAUCUCCGACGACGACAUUAAGAACUACUUCAGUCAAUAUGGUACCAUAGUCGAGCUGCAGGCGCCUUUCGAUAAAGUUAAGAAUCAACGUAAAGGCUUUUGCUUUAUCACGUUCGAUUCGAAAGAGGUCGUAUACAAGUUGUUGAAGACGCCUAAGCAGACGAUCAAUGGUAAGGAAGUAGACGUCAAGAAGGUGAAGGUUAACCCAGAUCCAAGAGGCCAGGGCUUCUGGGCGCCCGGAUAUGGCGGAUAUGGAUAUGGCGGUGGUGGAUACGGCUACAUCCCCGAGUACAACGGUUAUCAUAGCUACGAUGACAUGUACGCGAACUACGAUUACGCUGGUUACGAUGGAUACGACAAUAUGGGAUAUGGUCCCAAACCGCGAGGUAACGGUCCGGGACCGCGUCAAUUUCAGAGACAUCAACCAUAUUGAGAGAGAGUGAGAGGGAGAGAAAGGGAGAGAGAGAAAGAAAGAGAAUGUGCGUAUGUGUGUGAGAAAGAGAGAGAGAAAGAAAAGUAUAUGGCUGAGAGAGGUAAAUCUCUUGGUUGUAUUGAAACGUUUGAUGAUUACGAGUAGAACCUUUUAUUAUAGGUGGGACAAUAUUUCGUCUACCAAACCGAGACUGAAUCCGGGAUUUCGGGGGGGAAAAAAAAAUUAAAAAAAAGAAGGAAACAGGAAAAAAAACCAGAAAAGCUUAGCGAGUUGUAAACAGCUCAUUGAGCACAGAAAAUACCUCGGAUUCCCCGAAUUUAGUUACGAAGGAAGCUUGCGCAAGUAAUGGCAUAACGACGGAUAUUAACAGUAACAGUUAAGAGUAACAAUAUUAAUAUCUUCGUUUAACAGACGUUGAGUAAAUAAGUCAAUCGUUCUCCAAAAACCAGUGCUUCGUAAUUGAGGACCGAAACGGCCGACCGCACGUUAUAUUUUUUUCUCUCCGUAGUGUCUCCAAUUUUUAACUCCGAUUAACUUAAUUGGCAAUUAAUUCAACGAACUUGCUAAGCAAGAUUCCUGAAAGUCUCAUCCAGAUCAAGAAAACGAGUAAACAGCUCGUUAAGGCGUUUAUGACCCCGUGUGUACUCUAUGUAAAGAUACGCGAAGUAAUUGCAUGUAAGUUGCGAUGUAAUUAUAUAACAGAUGGGUUUGCUCCUUGUAUACUUCGUUAUACUUUUUGCACUGAAAGUGGAAAAAGUAUAUUUAUAAUGUAUAUGCAUGAUGUAUGAGCAUGAGAGGGAAGAAAGAGAGUGAAAGAAUUCGAAUGGUUGCAUCGAAAGGACAAGGGCAGUAAACUAGUAGACCAGAACAGAAAGAAAGGUUGAUAAAAUACCCAAAACCAUUAAUAAUUAAUCACCAACCAUUAAUAAUUAAUGUCCAAAAUCGUGCUUUUUACCUUGUCGAUAACUUUUUAUCGUGCAAAAUACGCUGUCCGAUAUGAGAUAUGCAAACCUUACAAUACAAUAUAGGAUACAUAAAAUGGCAUGAAACUUUUUUUCUUCUGCACAGAACGCAGAAAUGGCAAUCACAAUAUUUUAACUCCAUUCGGUGAACCGUUGACUCUAUUUGUAUGAGUAAAGUUUGUAUAGAAAUGGAUAUACAAAACAAUUUGUGAUCAGCAAACGAACGAACUUGCUUUAUCAGCCAAUCAUCCAAUAUAGUGAAUAUCAACCAUUAUAAUACGAUUGCAUAUUAAGCGAGAAGUUUUGUCGCAAGGCCUGAAAUAUGAUUUGAGAUGCAGAAAUUUAUAUAUAAAUCACUUAUUUGUAUUAUAUUAUUAAUUUGCUAUAUUAACAUGUAUAUCCAUUGGAUUAUCCAAAAAGUUUAAGUCACAUCUUCAGAAAUAUUCGAGUCAGAAUGCCCAACACAAGAUAAAAUUUUCACAAGUUUUUUCCAACAAAUGUAAUACAAUUGAAUAAAAAUAUGUCUAUAUUUUAAAACGUAAGUAUGUUUAAAGACAGUCAAUGUAAAUGUUUACAUGUAAAAAUGUGUGACUUUUUUGAAAAAUUACAAACUUUUUGGAAAAUCCAAUACUUUAGAAUUCUACUUUAGCUAAUCAUUUAUAUGUUAAAAAUUUCAGUUUUAUCAUAUUCGAAUAUUUCAUAUAGCUUGCAGUUGUACCGCCGACUAUGCUUACAAUUUAAUGUGUGUAAUAAUUCAAAUUGUUAGAUAUUUUUUUUUAUUUUUGCAAUCGCCAUCUAAUUAUAUGAAAAAGAAGAUUCGAAAGAACUUUCCACGAAGGAAAAUACAGGCUGAUCCGAGUCUAACGUUGCGUUAUUGGUUGUAUCCCGCGUUAGCGAAUUAUAAUCAUCGGUUUAUAGUUAUAAUGCUAACGCUUCUCUUACAAUCCUACAAUAAUAUGUAUAUGACUUUAACCUUGAAAAUAUGUAUCGAGUAUUGUGAUCAGUAUCAUUUGAGUUGAUUGAAUCUCUCUCGCUCUCUCUCUCUCUCUUUCUCGAUGAAGAGUAAGGCAGAGAGGUUCAAAUUCGUCUAAGGUGUUAUUUUUCGCAAUUUCUCAUUAGUAAUAGAAUAUAAGUUAAUUAAUAUUAGAACUUUUUUUUUUUUUUACUUUCGCAUAAUCAACAGCAAAGAAAUUGUGAAUAGUUCGUAUUGUUAUGUUUACAUUCAAUUUCAUGUUAUCACUGACAAGGUACUUAUAACUCUGCGGUCUAAAUUAUUUCUCACAAAAUAAGAAAGAUCAAAUAUUUCAGCCUCCAAUUUAAUUUUACAUUUGGUGAAUAAAAAAAAUUUUUAUUAUUUGUAAAAAUUGGAGAUAUAUGCAGCUGAUGGUAAAGUGCACUUUGUAAUUUAUCUUAUAUAUAAAUUACAUAGAAUAUUGUUAUAUCGUAUAGAUAUUCGUAUCUACGAAACAUUCGCGUUAUUGCAAAUCAUAUAAUUAACAUCUCAAACCAAUCGAGUUCACAUUUUGACAAUCACGCGUGAGUUUAAGACGAAAAUUAGUCUUUUCUGGUACCUCGUCGGUGCUGCUACUCUUUAUGUUCGAAGGACGUUCUAUUAAAAUCUCGCUGGAAUAACACAUAAAUUUAAUUUAUGCGCCAGUAACUCGGAUUAGCCCACUUUUUUCUGCCAUGAAUUCUAUUAAACUCGGAGUUCAAUUCUGCUUAGGAAUCUAGCUAGUAUCCAAUCCGGCUUCUGAGAGGCUGAGAAAGAGGAUCAAGUUUAGAGGACAGAAAAAUGAAUUGUCCACGUGGGCAAUAAUUAAACGCAGUCUUCUGAGGCUGAAUAAACGUGACAUUUACAGUAUACUCACGAGUCAUGAUUGCAGAAAAAAGUAUCGUACAUUAUUUAAAAAAAAAAAUCAUGAAUUUCUGAGCGUGUUUAAAGCGCUUUUUUUUCAAGCUUUGCGAUUAAAUGCAUAAAGUCUAAGUAUCUUAAUGAUCUUCUCCGACAUGUUCAUGUUCUCUUCGCAGUCACAAGCUUUUUGAGAAUGCUCGCUUGAGAAUGGAAAAAAAAGGAGUAGUUAUUAUUCAAGGACCAAGGCCUUAGAUCAAAAUCCAUUUUUUUUUUCUUGUGCUUAACUCCUAACUUGUAACAUUGGUACAUAAUAACAUAAUGUAAUCUACCCUUAUAAGGUUAGUAACCUAAUAAUAACUUAUAGUUACUAUCUUUGAGAUUGGAAAACAAAUUAUACAUGUCGUAUGUGUGCGUGCGUGCGUGAUACAACUUGCAGCUCCCGUAUUACGCCCGCCCACACGUAUGUGUAUGUGUGUUUAUAAUAGAAUACGAAACCAGCGAAAAUAUUUAGACGAAAAAAAAAACUAAAAAAAAAUUAUAUAAUUAAAAUAUGAACGUCCUGGGUAUACACGUGAAGUGCACGCGCGCGAGCGAUCCAACUGAUACUUCCUGCUGUCGACGAAAUAGCGCAUCUAGUAGUAACGAGGAAAACGGAGAAAAACUUGCGGUAAUUAAUCAUAGUUUACACAAUAUUUAACGCAGCAUCGUGUCAUAUUAUCGAUAUCCUAAAUGUAUCAUAAAAUGUAUAUCGCCAUGAUAUUGUCCGGCAGUUUGUCUCUAAUAACGUGUAAGAUGGAUAAAACCUAUCUUGAAACAAAGUUCUAUUAUUUGCGUGUCAUCUGUGUACGGUCUGCGUGUCUCGGUCUGUACGAACGAACAAAAGAAAAAAAAAAGAAAAUAAGAUAGGAAAUAGACAUAUGUAAGGAUAAAAUCACCACCGCUGGAGGAUGAUGAUGAUGAGCUGAGUGUGUGACAAUGGCUUCCCUAAACCGAUCCAGGUGAUUAGAACGUUUAAGGCGCGAAACGACCGGGGAUGAUAAUCAAGUUUCUCUUUCACGUUUCUUUCACAUUUCUAUAUCGAGCAGCAGUUCCUGUUCACUGUGUAAAGACUGUCCUUCAUAUCGCGAUAAGACUGUUAACACAAGUGAUGAUACAGGCACUAGAAAAAUCUUGACAAUUAAUAGAACUUGCGGUUUCGACCACGAAAUUGACAGGAUUAACUGAUUAACAUAAUUGUAAAGAAUGUAGAUAAGACGUACAAUGGGACUACAUUUAGAUACAUCGAAAUUAUAUUGUAACGGGGCCCGAAGAAGCUAUAGUCAAAAAAUUAAAAAAAAAAAAAGAUUCUUUCUCAGACGUCGCAAAGGCAUCAACGGUUUGGCUUUAACUGUUCAUCGUGCUAAAUAAAGUUUAACGCGAGUGGCCGCCCACUCGAGAAGGUCUCCAAAGCCAGGCUAAUGUCUUUGAAAUUAAAUCUGUAUACUGUGUAUACCAUAUUUGCUGCGUGCGGAAAUAUAUAUUGAAAACAGACGAGAGGUAGAGUAGAGAGGGAGAGAGAAAAAUUAAAGGGAAACGAUACAGAUAUUUUGUUACUAUUAAUUACUAUUCGCCUGUUUCACCCAUGACACAGUGUAUAUUUUAAUUAUAGCAAAAAAAAAAUAAAAAUGCCCAUUAUUUCAAUUGUU